CUCCUCCAAAUACCAUAUACUCAACGACAGUUGUACUCUGUGCGUACACAAUCAAUUUCUACUCUCACUCUCUAUGGAAGGAAUCGGUUCGCGUACUGGCCGUCCAUCUUCCCGCUACGGCUCGGCACCGGUCUUCACCGGACCGGUCAGAAGAUGGCAGAAGCAGUGGGUCAAUGUCUCAUCUUCAUCUUCUUCUAUCACAUACAACCAUAACAACAGUUCUAACUCUAAUGGCUCCAACAACAGCAACGUUUCUGCUAUUCGUAUUCGCCGCUGGACUCCGGUUCCGUCCGGUCGUGACUCGGAGUCUGUUGCGGAAGAGAGGCCGAAGCGGAAGAUACGUUAUGCACCGAUUGUCGUGCUAGACGGUAAGCGAAAGGAAGCUGAGAAGGGUGAUGUUGAUGUUAAAGAAGCAAGCAAGCCAAAGAAAUCUCCUGAUCAAGAUACUUUAGAAAGUGAUGAUAAUGAAAAAAAGAGCUUUGAUUAUUCUCUUGCAGAAAAACCUCAGGCAUCACAGAAGAAUGUAGAAGCAUCCAAAGACUUGAAUAACCAGCCAAUGGAUUCAGAUGCAGGUGGUGAUGACGAUGAAGACCUUGAUUUAGGUGGUGACAACAAGGUGGCUGAUUGGGUGAAAGCCGCACAGAGGGGCUUUGCGUCUUGAGGUCACCACCAUUAUGUUAUCAAGACUGUGAAAAGAUGGCAUUUAGUAAUCUACUAGUAGGCCUGCUUGUGGUAUAACCUUGACUAAUGUAAUUAACCUUCAGUGUGGUGUAGAUAGUAGUAUCUCAUCUAUGUUUUAGGCGCAAUAACCCGUGUGUGUGUUUAAGUGAAGUUAAUGCAGAACCAGCUUUAGAUUUCCAUAA